AGUCCCCUGUCUGAAACUGCGGGCUCUGAGCCCCGUUCUGGGGCUUACAGACAACCUCUCAUCUUGCUGAGAAAGCAGUGGCGGAGGCGGAGGCAGCAGCGCAAAGGCUUGGCCCACAGGAGUGCCUCUGGGCCUGGCUGGUGACACUUUUGCUGCUACCUGAGUGUGCACCCUCAUCUUGACAUGUUGAGUCCCAAGAUUGGCAUCGCUGUCCUGCUGACAGUCUUGCAGGUGGCCUAUGGACAGAAGGUGAACGAUCUGACUGCUUGUUUGGUGGACAACAACCUGAGGGUGGACUGCCGCUAUGAAAAUAACACCAAGUCCCCACUUCAGUACGAGUUCAGCCUGACCCGAGAGAAACAAAAGCAUGUGCUGAACUCCACAAUUGGAGUGCCUGAGCAUGCCUACCGGAGCCGGGUCAACCUCUCCAUGUCCCAAAACUAUAUGGCCCUCUUCCUGAAAGACUUCACCCAAAAGGAUGAGGGCAUCUACUCCUGUGACCUGCGUGCUUCUGGGACUGGCGGCGCCACUAGCAGCAGGAACAUCACUGUCUACAAAGAUAAGCUGCAAACCUGUGGAGUCAUGAGCCUGCUGGUCCAGAACACCUCCUGGCUGCUACUGCUGCUGCUCUCCCUCCCCCUCCUACAGGCCACGGAUUUUGAGUGCCUGUGAUUGGCUGGGGGACAUGGAGGAGACAGAAAAGAUGAGGCCAAACCCCAGGAGGCCCUCUCUUUCUCUCUGAGCCGGCUGUCCCACUUCACCCCCCACCCUGGGGAGGCGAGAGGAGGCAGGGAACCCACCCUUAUAGAGGAAUCCUAGUUCCGCAUGCCAUCAUUCACCCAACUCUUCCUCCACCUUGCUGCCUCGCACCCCACACUCCCCUUACCUGGUACUACCGGCUGCAUUUUUGUAUUUGUCAUUCCAGGGCUGCUUCUGUGAUUUGUUUGGGGUUAUUUUUCUUCUUUUCUUUCCUUUGGAAGUUUGUAAAGCAAGGGAGCAAAGGGGCAGAGGAGAGACCAAACCAGCUUUUGGAUUGGCAAGGACUGAUUUGCUAUGACCUCAAGAGAGGCUCCACAGAGGAUAUACAUGAUGGUGCAGGGGAAAAAGGCACCUAGGAUCUUCUAUCCCUGCCUGAGUUUAGGGACAGGGAAUUAUACAGGGGAAGCAGUAUGUGGGAGGUGUCAUGUGCCAGGAGCAUCCCACAGCCAAGAUGGGAAAAACAGAACCAUUCUUGAGUUAAAGGAGAUGGAAGUUGUAGGUUUCCCAAACCUGCCAUGUUGUUUUUACUGAGCUGAAAAGAACCAGAAUGAUCAGUUGGAAAUGCCUCUAUCUUACCACUUUCAGAAAUCCCCCAGAAUUACCACUUUUCAGAAAAUCCCCCUCUGGCAAGAAGCCUAGCAUCAAAUGCAGAAGGGCCUAAAAAGCAAGGGGGAUGAAACUGGAGAAGAGAGGGGGAGCGAGCAGUUUCAGUGAACUGCCUAAGUGCUCCCUCUAGUCUCUGCACCCAAACCUAGUGAAUAGGGUCUAGCAUAGAGACAGGGAUGGUAAAUCUCCCAGUACUCCCAUCUCUGUUAUAUCCAUCUUCCUCAUCCUCUACCCAGCGCCCCCCCCAACUUUCACAAAAGCUUCCAGAAUUCAAACCCAGGAGUUGAUGAGCCAAGUCAGGCUGUGCUCAGAAAACCAGAUCCUUCUAUAUGAAGGAAGCCUCCUGUUUAAAGAGACUAGGCGGUGAGCUAAUAGUAUAGGUGUAGGUGGUAGCCGUGUCCAUGAGACAGCACCCCUUCUGCGGCAUUCCUGUCCCCCUGCCCUAUUAAUUGGACUGCUCAGGUAUCUCUCUGGUGACAUCACAAACCCGUGCUGGAGUUUUCUGAGGAAUACAACAGAGAAAGGCCAAUAAAAGGUGCCAAUCUUCACGAAAUGAGGUCUAAAAAACCAGAACCCAGCUCCCCAAGACCACUGGCAUUACCGUCUUGUCCUGUGACCAUGUGUAUCGUAUCCACAGCUUGUUGUAUUAUGGCAUCUAGGCAAGGAAAAAACUACACAAUAAAGCCAAGCCUCUGGA